AUGCUGGGAAAACAAGUAUGGCGAAUAAUUCAAGCCCCACAAAGUUUACUGAGCAGAUUCUUAAAAGCAAGGUACUACUCUGACUCGAAUAUUUUCAAUGCGGGUAGUGGUAAUAAACCAUCUUUCAUAUGGAAAUCGCUCUUGGAGGGUCGAGAACUGAUAAAGAAAGGCAUGAGGGUUUUAUUAGGCAAUGGCCAAACCACUAAUAUCUGGUAUGAUCCUUGGCUGAUAACAACUCCACCAAGACCACCACGAAGACGAGAUAACAUCAACACAGAUUUAACGACUGUUAACGAGUUGUUUCUAGAAGGUCUCCCACAUCGAUGGAACGUGAAUCUGCUACAAGAAUUAUUCAUUGAUGAAGAUGUACAACAGAUAAUUCAGAUUAAAUUAAGCCCUUCAGAACAUCCAGAUCUUUUGGGGUGGCACUAUAAUGAUUCGGGUUUGUACACAGUGAAAUCAGGAAACACACUCGUUUUCCAAGAUAAACAAGGUACAUGGCAAGAAGAUUUGAGUUUAGCGGUUGCAGAUGCGAAGGAAUGGACAGAGUGUUGGUCAGAAGAAAUAGAGAGACAACGGACAAAUCAAGCAAACCGAAAUAGAAGACUUAAUCGAUCACAGUGGAGGAAACCACCUCGAGGGAUGAUUAAAUGUAAUUAUGAUGGUACCUUUAUCCAACCGGAUACAGAAGGACAAUCAGGAUGGAUAGCUAGAGAUGAGACAGGUUUCUUCUUAUCGGCAGGACAGAACAGAAGACCUCCUGUAGGUAGUGCUUUAGAAGCAGAACUUCAGAGUUUAAUAGCAGCCAUGCAACAGAUGUGGAUAAAAGGCUAUCGUCGUGUCAUAUUUGAAGGAGACAAUCAGAAAGUCAAGGAUCUGGCAAGUGGUACUUCAAGGAAUUACAGAGUUCAUAAUUACAUCAGAGAAAUCUUAUAUUGGCAGAAGAAGUUUCAUGAAGUGCAAUUUCAAUGGACAAGAAGGAACAAUAAUAAGGCAGCAUAUAGAUUAGCAAAAGAACAACUUGAAAAUCAUGUAAUCUUCAUAUCUCAUUUCUAUGUUCCUACUUGUAUUGUAAACAUCCUCCAUGAGGACCACUCUGCAAAUUAA